UUACUACUACCUGAACCAGUCGGACACGUACCAGGUGGAGGGCACGGACGACCGCAGCGACUUCCACGAGACCAUGAACGCCAUGCAGGUCAUCGGCAUCCGCGGUGAGGACCAGCAGCUGGUGCUGCAGAUUGUGGCGGGGAUCCUCCACCUGGGAAACAUCAGCUUUCGGGAGGAAGGCAACUACGCUCGGGUGGAGAAUGCUGACUGUGAGUAAUCGACUCCCCCUGCUUCAGGGGGGCAAGUGGGGAUGCUCGCAGAGACCCUUGGCAAUGAAUUGCAAACCCGAAAAACGGCCACAAGCGGGGCCGGCCGCUCCGAGUCCAUCACCGUCACCCUCAACGUGGAGCAGGCGGCUUACACCCGGGACGCCCUGGCCAAGGGGCUCUACGCGCGCGUCUUUGACUUUCUCGUGGAGUCUAUCAACCGGGCUAUGCAGAAGCCAUAUGAGGAGUACAGCAUCGGGGUGCUGGACAUCUACGGCUUUGAAAUAUUCCAGAAAAAUGGUUUUGAGCAAUUCUGCAUUAACUUUGUGAACGAGAAGCUGCAACAGAUCUUCAUAGAGCUGACCCUGAAGGCAGAGCAGGAGGAAUACGUGCAGGAGGGGAUCAAGUGGACCCAGAUCCAGUAUUUCAACAACAAGGUGGUGUGCGACCUGAUAGAGAACAAGCUGGUGAGUGGGGUCCUCUCCUCAGGGGGAGGCUUUCUCGGGGAGCCGAGGCACCCAGGGAAGGGGGUCUCCUACGACGUGAACGGCUUCUGCGAGCGCAACCGGGACGUGCUCUUCACCGACUUGAUCGAGCUCAUGCAGAGCAGCGAAUACGGUUUCAUCCGGAUGCUUUUCCCAGAAAAGCUUGAUUCUGACAAAAAGGGACGACCGACCACCGCGGGCUCCAAAAUCAAGAAACAGGCUAACGACCUGGUGAACACGCUAAUGAAGUGCACGCCACACUACAUCCGCUGCAUCAAGCCCAACGAGACCAAGAAACCCCGGGACUGGGAGGAGAGCAGGGUGAAGCACCAAGUCGAGUACCUGGGGCUGAAGGAGAACAUCCGGGUGCGCCGGGCAGGUUUCGCCUACCGCCGCCUCUUCCCCAAAUUCCUGCAACGGUGAGCGACCAUCGGGAUGGGGGAUGGCGGGUCCCUGCAACCUGGCCCCGAGCAUCGCUUCGGGCAACGCUGGGGAGGGUUUGGGGUGCCGACGUGCGGAGGAAGCGAUGCAGCACUGGGGGGGCCCUGGCCAGCCGGGCUCAGCACCCCCUGCCCCCCCCAGCUCUUUCUCCUCGAAGAGAUGCGGGAGAGGAAAUUCGACGGCUUUGCCCGGGUGAUCCAGAAGGCCUGGCGCCGGCACGUCGCCAUCCGGAAGUAUGAGCAGAUGCGAGAGGAGGCCUCCAACAUCCUCUACAACUUCAAAGAGCGGAGGAGGAACAGCAUUAACAGGAAUUUUGUGGGCGAUUACCUGGGCAUGGAGGAGCGGCCGGAGCUGCGCCAGUUCCUGGCCAAGAGGGAGCGGAUAGACUUUGCCGACUCCAUCACUAAGUACGACCGGAGGUUCAAGCCCAUCAAGCGGGACUUCAUCCUCACCCCCAAGUACUUCUACCUGAUCGGGCGGGAGAAGGUGAAGAAAGGUCCUGAGAAGGGGCAGAUCAAGGAGGUGCUCAAGAAGAAGGUGGAGCUCCAGGCGGUGAGCGGUGUCUCGCUGAG